AUGGCUAGACAUUUCGAUUACGAAUGUGACAUCUGCAGCGAUUUCUUUGACGAUGAUGAUAGAAGACCUCUGAUCGGUAGUUGUGGUCAUACAGUCUGCAUGACUUGUGUCGACAAUUUGAGAAGUCUCAAUGGUUCACCGACCACAAAAUGCCCCGUUUGCAACACUUCUCAUGCUUUCAAAAUAAAAGUUGUCAAUUUCCAAUUAGUUGAAUUUAUGAAAAGAUCGAAGUCAGAAGUUGAAAAAGAUAAUUCGACAAGCACAACAGAAUGUUCUUCUAAAAACGAAAAGAAUGAUAAAAAAUUGGAAUGCAGUAGCUGUUCAAUGGUAACGCAAGAGUCGCGAAUGGCUGUUUGUGAGACUUGUGGAAUCGGCUCAAAAGUGUUAGAAGUCGAUAAAAAUGGCUCGACAAUCAUUUGUAAUCAGUUGAAACUGAAAAAGGUGGUUCUAUGCGGAUGUUGCAUUUUUGAAAAACAUAAAAACCACGUGACAGUUGGCUUACUGUCCGUUGAACUUGACACACUAGCUAAGGAAUUUCAUGACAAUUGCACAGCCAGUAUCGAAGUUAAGCAGAGCAAUAACAUGGGAUAUUGGAUGCAGUCUGCUGUCGACGAGAUUUGCGAGAAUUUACGAAAGAUGUCGAAUAAGGAAGACGCCAAAUUAGUAGCGGAUUCUAUGAUUAAAAUCAUUCAAUAUACGAAGCCAAUUUCGGCAAUUAUAAAGGCAUGCGAAGAAGAGUAUGAACGUCGUGUUAAGAUGUCAAGUCUAUGGCUAGAUGUAAUGAGCAAAUUCUUAACAAAUGAAAAUUCGUCCACUUAUUCCUCUAAAUGGACAGAGAUGAGGAAGGUUUUAGAAGAAGUGAUCGAUAAUUUAGAAGAAAAUUCUGAAGCUGUCGAUGGAAAACAAUGGGAUCACAUUCUAAAUCUGAUACUCCAUGAGAAGAAUCAUCCACUUCCCCGACCUCCUUAUAGUGAAGCUUCCUAUUCGCAAUACUCUCAUUAUUAA